GAUUGACGUAAGCGGAUAGUGCGUCCAUUCGCGUCUGAUUAAAUUUAAUAACAGAAUUAGAAUUAGAAUACGUACAAAAUUCACGUAACUAUAAUCGUAACACAAUUCUUCCUUUCAUUUUGAUUAUUUUUGCAUUAAUGAAAUCAAUUCUUAAUGCGAUUAUUUUUACAUUCUUAAAUAUUUUAGAUUAAUAUUCUUGCAAUACCUUGUGGUUAAAUUACGACGAUUUGAAUUUGUCAAAUACACAUUAUAAAAUAAUAAUCACACUAAUAUUUACACAACUAUUUAAGAGUUAGAAUUCGUUGAAUAACAAAUUUAUAACCUCAAUAUAUGUCACUUUAUUUUGUAAGUAUUUAUAGAGUUGAAAAGCUAACAUAACCUGCUUUGGGUUCUUUUACUAUUACAAUAAAAUUAUAUAGUUUCAGAAAAAGGUGUAUAUAUAUAUAUAUGUAACUAAAUUUUGUAAUGUUUACUUUGUACAUACAAAUCUAUAUUUUGCAAUAAUAUUAAAAUCAUCGCAAAUUGACUAUAGUACGGAAAAAUACCGUACCGAUAUUAGAUUAGUACUAAACUUGAAAAAAUCACACAUUUCUAUUUUGUGUAGUGAAAGUAUACGUUUUAUUGAUUAAAGAUACUUUACAACAUUAUACGUAACAAAUAAAAAUUGUUUAAUAAAAUAAUAUUGACUCGUAUUUAAAAUGACGGCAAUAUUAGGAGCAGGUAUAUCUGGCUUGUCAGCUGCAUAUUAUGCUCUUCAAAAUGCGAAAAUGGUUCCUAUUACUAUAUAUGAAGCUACAAAUCGUGUAGGUGGUUGGAUUCAUUCUAUAAAAUUACCCGAUGGUACAAUUUUUGAGCAAGGUCCACGGACAAUCAGACCUUCAGGUGAAGGUGGAAAAAAUACGUUAGAAUUAAUGGAACAAUUACAAUUAUCAGAUAAAGUUGUUCCUAUUCUAAGUAGGGAUCCUGCAUCCAAGUGUCGUUUAAUAUAUACCGAUGAUCAGUUACAUUUAUUACCUAAUAGUAUCAAAGGCAUUAUAAGGAAAAAUACCCUGUUAGAUCGUUCUUUACUUAGCGUUGUAUGGAAUGAUUUAAGAGCGCCAAAAGUUGUUAAGGAUGAUGAGAGUAUAUAUAAUUUUGUAGAAAGAAGAUUAGGCAAAGAUGUAGCAGAAAAGUUGAUUAGCUCAAUUGUGGUAGGAGUCUGUGCAGGUGAUUCGCACAAAUUAAGUGCAAAGUCAUUUAUGCCUUCUUUGUUCGAAGCUGAACAAGAAUAUGGAUCUAUUGUCAAAGGAACAAUAGCAAGAGCAUUUAAAAAUCGCAAAAAUAAUGCUAAAUUAAAAGAAAAAACUGAAUCAAUGAAAAAAAAUAAUUCUCAAAUAAAUGAAAAGUCACAUAAUAUAAAAAUGAGUUUAAUAGAAAGAGCUAGAAAAGAAAUGUGGUCAAUAUGGACUAUAAAAGAUGGUAUUGAUCAAUUACCAAUAUCACUAGCUAAAAAUAUAACUGAUCAUGGUGUCAGUAUUGAAACAGAACACAGAUGUGAACAACUUAAAUUUAGUAAAGACACUGUAGAAUUAACUGUAAAUGGAGAAGUGAAACAAUAUUCAAAUAUUAUUUCAAGCUUACCAGCAAAAAAUUUAGCUAGUCUUGUGCAAGCUCAACAUCCAGAAUUAGCUAAUGAAUUAAGAAGCAUACCUACUGUGACAGUAGGUGUUGUGAAUCUUCAAUUUCCUAAAAAUGCCUUACCCAUGACUGCAUUUGGAGUCUUGAUUCCACCAAGAGAAGAAAGACCAAUCCUAGGAGUGAUAUUUGACUCAUGUGUUGUUCCUCAAAAAUCUGAUGCAACAGUACUGACUGUCAUGAUGGGAGGCGAAUGGUUUGAGAAAUACUUUGGACAGUGCUCAUCUGAUGAACACUUGUUGACUGUAGCAGUCAACCAAGUACAGGAAAUCUUACACAUUGAGGAAGAUCCCACAGUUUUCAAUGUUUCCAUUUUGAAGGAUUGUAUUCCGCAGCACAUAGUAGGUCACAUGCAACGCUUAACCCGCAUCCGCAAUUAUAUCUCCACGCAUAAAAUUCCUUUAGGGUUGUGUGGCUCUUCAUACCAAGGAGUAGGACUGAAUGAUGUUAUUCUGUCAGCAAAACAAGCUGUUUCUGAUAUAAAUUCACAUAUAUUGUAAUUUAAUAAAGAUCAAAUGCAGCUUGGCCAGGCAAA